UUCAUUGACUCUGCUUUUUUUUUGGCUUUCGGCUCGGGGCGGCAAAGGUGCAACUUUCUUCGGUCGUCCCGAAUCCGGGUUCAUCCGACACCAGCCACCUCCGCCAUGCCGCCUAAGUUCGACCCCAACAAGAUCAAAGUUGUGUACCUGAGGUGCACCGGUGGCGAAGUCGGUGCCACGUCUGCCCUGGCCCCAAAGAUCGGCCCACUGGGUCUGUCUCCAGAAAAGGUUGGUGAUGACAUCGCCAAGGCAACCGGUGAUUGGAAGGGCCUAAGGAUUACAGUGAAACUGACCAUUCAGAACAGACAGGCCCAGAUUGAAGUGGUACCUUCUGCCUCUGCCCUGAUUAUCAAAGCCCUCAAGGAACCACCAAGAGACAGAAAGAAGCAGAAAAACAUUAAGCACAGUGGAAAUACCACUUUUGAUGAGAUUGUCAAUAUUGCCCGACAGAUGCGACACCCAUCUUUAGCCAGAGAACUCUCUGAAACCAUUAAAGAAAUCCUGGGGACUGCCCAGUCUGUGGGCUGCAAUGUUGACGGCCGCCACCCUCAUGACAUCAUAGAUGACAUCAACAGUGGUGCGGUGGAAUGCCCAGCUAGUUAACUACAAAGGAAAACGUUUCAAUAAAGGAUCAUUUGACAACCAAAAAAAAUAAAAAAUAAAAAAAUAAAUUUCAUUGACUCUAAUGGAGACUUUACGAAAUCACUACGAUUUAGAAGUCAGAAAUGGAACAGGAAGGGCACAUAAGUAAAGGCCUGGAGACAGAUCAGGGUCAAGGAGGAAAGCAGCCUGCCUGGACUGGGGGAUUCCAAGUGCUGAGUGCUGAGAAAUACAGUGGAUUUGUGGGUAGUGGACAGACUGUUUAUCUUUUGAAAGCCAAGGAGAGGAAAGCAUAUGCAUAUGACAGGCAAUUGGAGCUACUCUAGAUUCUUGAACACAAAAAGACACUGGAAGUUCCAAUCAGAUGAAGAAGAGACGGUCCAAGAAAUGGAGAACCUGAGGCUUGCCUAAGGCUGUGUGGUACCUGAUUGGACCUCAAGGCCAAGAGAACGAGAGGAGAGCUUUGCUCCAUGCGUCUCAGCUGUUGAACCUCAGCUAGGCCCCAGAAACUGCAUGCCCGAGGAGCAAGGGAGCUGCUGCAGCUCUGCUCCAUGCACCUCUGACUCUGGGACAUGGACUGAAGGAGCAGCCCUGCUUCGGGACAAAUUGCCUUUAUGGCCGAUGGAAAACAGCAGGAUUUGGAGCAAAGAGAAGGUGAGCUGGAAGGAAUCCAUUGUCUCUUGGUGAUUGGUUCUUCUUCCUGAGAGAGGUUCUAGAUGAGAAAAUGGAGGCUCAGAAAGAAACGUCAUCGGCCUACAGCCAAGAAGUCAGAGAGAGGCAGAGCUGGGGCACGAACCCGGGUCUGUUCCAGUCUUGUAACCGACCUCAGAUAACCUGCCUCCCGCAGAAGCUACGGACAUCAUUGGAAGCCGGGAGAGAGAAUGAAUCCGUGUCCAAAGAGGAGCUUCUAAGGCUGAACUCACGGGAAUCAAAUGGCGUAGGUACAAUUUUGGAGGGCAUGGGGACUGUGGACCCAUAAUUUCAGCCCCAGCCCAAGAUGAUCCAAUCCUGUUAAGUUUCAUCCGUUGUCUGCAAGCCAACUUGCUGUGUGUAUGGCGUCGUGAUGUCAAACCAGAUUGCAAAGAGUUAUGGAUAUUCUGGUGGGGAGACGAACCCAACCUAGUGGGUGUAAUACAUCAUGAACUGCAGGAUGGUGUGGAGACGUUUGUCCUGGCAGCUGUGAGGCGCCCCCGCAGAGCCCAAGAGUUCCGUGGGGUGUGCUUUGGAGCCGCUGAGUUUAGUCCAGCCCUCCCCAGGCCUCACCCCCACCCCCUUUGGCAGGUGAGUAGACUCAGCUAAAGGGCUCUGUAGAUGUCUGUGGAAAACAGUCGUGAGAUAAGUUGGAAGAGUUUAAGCAAAGCCCAUUCCUCUGGUUUCCAGGUACUUAGUAGUGGGUCCUUGCAAGGACAGCAAUGCUUUUGUAAAACUUGUAAUUUCUCUUUCCUUCAUCCUUUUGCAAGAUGUUCAUAUACUUUGAGGAAAUCUUCUAGCUUUCCAUUUACUCCCAGGCCUUUUGUGAGAAGGAACUUGAAUUUUUCUUAAGCACUAAAAUUGCCUUAUUGAGGAGGACGUGAGUGAAUCUGUGGCAAGAUGCUUGUAACGAAGACCUCAGGAGGCUGUGGGUGGUCAGGGUUGGUGGCUUUUGGGGAAAUCUAGGGGUUCCUUAUGCAUCAUGGCCUUGGGCUGUUUAGAAAUGAGUAAACCAAGGCACAGAGAGGGGAAGUUACUUGCUCAGAGUCAUACAGUUAGUGGCAGAUCCAGAAUUACAAGCUGAUCUCUAAUAAGGCUGUGCUUUUUCCCUUUUCCAUUGUGCUCUUUUACCUAUAGCUACAAUAUUUGAGAAGAUACAGUGUUAUAUUUCUCAAGUAGAGGGCAUCUCAUCCUUAAAUUCAAGACUUAGGGCCUGUAAAUUGGUGUUUUUCUUUAUCUUUUAAGAAAUCUUGAGCUGUGUAAAAUGAUUCUGCUUUGAACGAAGGAACUGAUAUCUGCCAAAAUCAUUAUUGAGUGAGCUUCUCUACUCAUUUAUUUUCUUGAAAUUGAAAUGAAACUUUUUGAACACAGCCUUACUGAAUAUGGAUUUCAGAGCCAUAAUAAUGCUUCUUGCCUCUGCAGAUUUUGAAUUGAUCUGAGUUUGGCAGUGAAUUAUGUAUGUGUUAUUUCAGGAAUUUUGCACAUGCCCUGCUUUAAACCACUGAUUAUUUUUGUAAAAUGCUGUUGUGUGGAUUUGGCUCAUUCCAUUGACGCUGAACUCAUCAGAUGGCUAUAUUGUCUUCUAGGAAUGUGACUUGAAUUGAUUAAAUGGCACAGGCAGCAACAUCUGUUUUGUAAAGCUAGUUUAGUUCCCUAAAACUUAAAAUUUUCAAAUUUACAGCCUGCAGAUAGAAUAAACCUUAUUUCUUUUAUGCUGUAAAAACAUUUACACAGAGUUUUGAUGAUUUGUUUUAACCUUAUUAACAUAAUUCUGAUAACUUAUUUUCUUGUUGUAUUUUUCAUUUUCAAGGAAAGGUAACAUUAGGAAUGUUAGAAACUUAAUCUGAAGUGAGUGGUUCUUAACUUCUUUAGCAGAAAGCUUUGGAUGGUCUCCCUAGAAAAAGCACCUGUGCACAUGUUCCUGAAACACUGUGUUCACUUGCAGGGAGAUGGAGCUCUCUGGGGGCAGACCCCCUGAAGUCCAUUACCCUGGUUGAUGUUUUGUGCUUCACAUGUGUUCCUAAGUAUGUUAAUAAUGCUGGUGACUGAACCAAAGUUACCUUCUUUAUGCACAGAUUUGAUUUGAUUUUUUAUUUUAUUUAUUUAUUUAUUAAAGAUUUUAGUUAUUGACACACAGAGGUGGAUAGUGAGAGAGAGAGCACAAGCAGGGGGAGUGGCAGGCAGAGGCUGAGGGAGAAGCGGGCUCCCUGCGGAGUAAGAAGCCCUAUGUGGGGCUCCAUCCCAGGACCCUGGGAUCAUGACCUGAACCAAAGGCAGCCGCUUCACCAGCUGAGCCACCCAGGUGCCCCUAUGCACAGAUUUUAGAUUUAUAGAAUGUUUGAGUCACUAUUUAAAAAGUAAAGUAUUUUAUGAUGUUGAUCUGCAUAUGUGUCAUUUUUAUUUUUCUGUUGUAUUGUCUAUUUUUAUUCUUUUUCCUCUUCCUUAAUAGUUUUUUCAGGGAGGGAAACAUAUCCAUUUCAGGGUUUCUUGAUUUACUAUCCCAGCCCUUAUUUGGAUACAUUGGAUGACCAGUUUAUAGGAUAGAUAAAUGGCAUUAAAAUAAAAAAAAAAAGCUAAAAAUAUGCUUAUUAGAUUUCAUCAUGUAGAGGUUCUUUCCUUAUUGGUUUUUGUGUAUGAGGUUUCUAAAUGAUAAUUUUAACCUAAAUCAGUUUGGGAUAAAGUACUUUAGAGAACAUGGAGACUUAGGUAGAGGCAGACGCUCUCCUGUGACAAGCCUGGGGGGCUUGUUUAUCAAACCAGCGGGUGUGCACUGUUUUGUUUAGUUGACCUAGUAGUCUUUGCAUGGUUGGUUCUCUUGCAGUGUGGAGUCUUGCUAGCGGUUUCGAGGCUAGCUGUGUAUUUACUAGAGAAUCUUGAGGUUGGCUGUCCUUUUGUAACCUCUUCUCUUCAAAUUGGAUUUCUAUUUUAAACUCCGAGGGCGUGUCCAUUUACGAGCAGCCCACCCCUUGAAAUUAUAACAACAACAAUAGCUGUCAUAUCUAUUAUGUGACAAGAACUUUUAUUAUAUUCUCUACCUCCAGCCCUUUAUUUAAAAAACAUAACUUGCCGACUAGUGCUGAUUUUAUCAAUUUUCUUUAAUCAUUAAACCAAUUCAAAUUCAUUGAUAGAAAAUGGAGGUUCGGUGAGGGUACUGUGUUUGAAGUGUGCUUAGUAAGUAUCAGUUGCGUUAUCAUAGGUUUUACCUGCCAGAACUGUUUGCUUGCUGUGUUUCUUUCCUUCCCAGUGGGCUGUUGGCUUGUUGAGGACAGUCUCCAUACAUACACUUAGCACUAUUAAUACCAUACCUGCUAAAUAAUUCAGCAGUAGCUGAACAAUUACUAGUUGAAUGAAUUCCCAAGAGUUUUACAAUUUAGACCUGAUAAGCAAGAUUAUUUUUCUUCACCUUUUCUCUUCAUGUUUUAAAUUAUCUGAACUCCAAAUGGUGUUUUACUAGUAAGUGUGAUAAUUUAUUGUGAAUAUAACUGAUGUCUUGGUUUAGCAUCAUUUAUACAGUCAAUGUGUGAUGAGAAAGGUGGCUAAAAUAUAUUAAAUUGUUAACAUUGUCAGAAGUACAAAAGUGCUUUGGAAAUGUUGAGUGGCUGCCAUGUGGUGGCCAUUGCUUUCUUUCCUGGUCUCAGAAGGAAAUGAGACACUUAAAAAAGGCAAGAGGAUUGUGUCACUUUAUCAAACAAAUCUUAUGUUGGUAAAUGCAUUUAAUCACAUAUGGUUCUUUAGGCUGCUCAGAAUGUUUUUUUCUCUUUUAUUUGAGCCAUAACAAAGUAUUUUGGCUUUCUGCUGAUUUAAAUAUUACCUAGAAAACACAGUCUGGGAUGGAAAAUGCUCAUGUAGCCUUGAACUUUCUCAGGAAAAUAAUUUUCUCCUCUAAUUGAUGCCUCUUUCUAAUACUCCUUUUAAUAUAUAAAGAUACUCGUUUUAGGUGAUAAGCUUCUUAAAUGUUGAAGUAUGAUGUUAGGGCAGAUGUAUUUCCUUAUUUUGGAGGAUGUGGACAAGGGUAGGAUUUGAUACUGGACCAACAGGAUUUUCCUGUUACAGGUUUGAAUUAAAAAAAAAAAAUAGUGGUCAAUAAGUAUGAAGUUCCAGUCUUAAAAUUUGAUGACUGUUUAGCCAAAUGGGAGCUAUUUUCCUCUAAGUGCUUUAGGGCAAUCAGUGCUAAUGCUUUUACACGCUUACUGAAAGUAGAAAUUUAGGCAUUUGAUGAAAGUAUUUUUUGAUAGGUAGUGUUUACAAGUGAGAGGAUCAGCUUCUGUAAGCCUCAAGGGCAGCACAGUUUAAAAUUUAGUACUUCUAAGUAAGGACUUAGUGUGUUCUGUAGAUGAGGAUAUUGUUAGAGGAAGCUGUUUGACAUAAAGUGCAUGAAACCUGUAGCACUUUUAUGUGAAGUCUUUUCUCAACUUUCUUAGGUAGAAAUGGCUGAGAUUAUGUUUGUGAACUCUAUUAAAAAUCAACAUUUGCAGGGCACCUGAGUGGCUCAGUCCUUAAGCAUCUGCCCUCGGCUCAGAUCAUGAUCCCAGGGUCCUGAGCUCCCUGCUCAGUGGGAAGCCUGCUUCUCCCUCUGCCACUCCCCCUGCUUGUGCUCUCUCGCUCUCUCUAUCAAAUAAAUAAAUAAAAUCUUACCAAAAAAAAAAAAAUCAGCAUUUGCUUUACUUAGAGGAUAAAACCUGUUUUUGUGGCUAAUGUUGUAUAAAAUGGGUCAGCCCUCCCAUGUAAAAGCUGAUAUAGGAGAGAAGAUGGAAGAGAUGAGAGGACAGAGGGGAUUGGAGAGGGAAGCGAAUCCUGGAGAUGGAUGGUUUUGGAUGCUCAGAGCAGAGAGGAAGAAUAGCAGACAGUAGAUGAUGACUUCUCUGAAUGGAUCAGAGAGUAACUUAUCUACUUUACAGGUCCAAGCCAGUGUAUCAAGCUGUAGAUACUUAAAUUUUGGUGCUUCCUAGCGGCAGGGAGGGUGGGAAUUAGGACCUCUAAAGGGUGGUAAGUAGGAGACACUAACUUUGUGUAAUUGUACUCUUUUUUUUUUUUUUUAAAGAUUUUAUUUAUUUAUUUGACAGAGAGAGACACAGCGAGAGAGGGAACACAAGCAGGGGGAGUGGGAGAGGGAGAAGCAGGCUCCCCGCAGAGCAGGGAGCCCGAUGCGGGACUCGAUCCCAGGACCCUGGGAUCAUGACCUGAGCUGAAGGCAGUCGCUUAACCAACUGAGCCACCCAGGUGCCCGUGUAAUUGUACUCUUAAUGUCUUAUGUUCUUUAAAAUCUGUGUCUUUAUCCAAAGCUAUAGCUGUAAUUCAUUUUACUGAUUUUCUUAAAGCAUGUUCAUGCAUUCAGUUUUUAUUAUUCAUCAGGCAGUUUUUGCAUGCUUAUUAUGUGGAGAGCUGUGAGCUCUAAGUGGUAAGAGCUCUGAUUGUAAGAGGCAUUUCUUGAGGCCCUGCCUUGAAGGAGCUCUUAGUCUAGAGGAGGUAUUGGAAGCAGGAUGAUUGACACAAGAAAGAGGUUAACUAUCAACUUAAGUUAUGGCAAUGAUAACUAAUAUUCAGGAUGUUUUCCAGUUGAAACACUCUGUGCCCUCAACUCCAUGAGUAAGGUUGUCAGACAAGUCUCGGUGUGCAGAGGCAGGCCCAAACUUCUACAUGGUGUCAUAGGAGUGAAAGCAGUUUGUUCUGUUUGGUUAUUGAUGGUAACUUUGCAAAAGUAGGUGGGACUUACUGCCUUUAAAGAAGACUAGGAUUUCACUAGGAGGGGAGGAAGGAAAAGCUAUGCAAAGCAGACAGCAUAACAUAAGAGAAAUGAUUUUUGUUUUUGAGUAUAUGACAUGCACAGGAUAUGUUGAAUACUCUUGGGUAAUUUGAACAUAGAAUUUUAUGUCAGGAAGGAGGAAAGGACAGAUUGAGGCCAGGCUGUGAUAGAAGAUUGACAGUACAUUUCGUACCUAAGUAGAAGAAAAGAUGAAAUGCUUUAAAAAAAAUUUUAUUUUAUUUUAUUUUUUUUACAUUUCACUUCUUUAGCACUUUUUUUUUUUUUUAACAUUCAUUAAAACGUUAUUGGAUUGUUGGUGUGUGGAAGAAAAGUAACCCUUAACAACUCAUGUUUUGGUUAUCUGCCGUACUUAAAUAAACACUAUUUAUUGAUGGUGGGGCACGUGGCUGGCUCAGUCGUUAAGUGUCUGCCUUCGGCUCAGGUCAUGAUCCCAGGGUCCUGGGAUCGAGCCCCACAUCGGGCUCCCUGCUCUGCGGGAAGCCUGCUUCUCCCUCUCCCACUCCCCCUGCUUGUGUUCCCUCUCGCUGUGUCUCUCUCUGUCAAAUAAACAAAACAAGAUAAAACACUAUUGAUGGUAUUUCUCAUUGUUAAUGAGUGUGUGAUUUCAUAGGCAUUUUUUAAGUAAGUGUUCUCUUAUGUAAAGAUUUUCUAUCAAAGCAAUUGCAUUUAUGUGAACGUGUUAAUUUUCUGGUGUUUUUUUGCUUUUUAUAAAAGAGGAUGGAUUGCUGGAUGGUAAAUGCCAAUUUGAAAAGUUAUGCUCCUUUGAUUAAAAAAUCAAAGUAUUGCUUUCUGAUUUUUAUGAUUUUAGCUAGCAGCUGGUGAAUAACUGCUUUUGAAGCAGUUAGGAGCUCCCAUUUUUGUCCCAGAAGAACAUCUUACUGAUGCAAAUAGAGUAGUGGUUGUGCUAAAUGACUAAAGAAUGGACAAAGAGAUAAAGCAGAGAACAGAGAUAAGAGUUUCUUAUGGCAGCCAGCCAAAAGCCUACUGACAUUUACAGAUAACUGAAAAAGCACGUGGUGUGUUUCUCUCCUGUCAGAUGGAUGCUGCCUGAGCUGUGCUAGUUCAUGAGGCCAGGCCCUCUGCUACGUACACAGUUCCCUUUUUGCAGUUAGGCUGCAUGUCUUUGGCUGUCUUGUCAUCCCCUAGAGCUCAGUGUGAAUUUAUGGAUCACCUGGGUGGAGAUUGGACUAAAGUAGAGUCAAUAUGCUGUUUAUCACCAGCAAAGAAUAUACUUUUUCUUGCAGGGAUACUGACUGAUGUUCUAUCUACAGUUUGUGUUUCAGAUUUGUAUGGUUAUUUUUUAAACUAUUAUGUACCAUUGAAAGAUUUCUAAAGAUACGUGUUCCCAUCGAAAUAAAUGAUUAAGAUAGCUGUCAGGUCUGCAUAAACAAAAAUUUAUGCGCUUUUAUUAAUCUAGUAUUCCUGCCACAACACCUAAAACUUGAACCAGUUGUAUGUAUAUCUUGACCAGUCCAGAUAAAACCAUCAAGGCGCCUGGCUGGCGCAGUCAGUUGAGAGUCCGACUCUUGGUUUAGGCUCAGGUCCUGAUCUCAGGGUCCUGAGAUGGAGCACCGCCUCAGGCUCAGUGCUCAGAGGGGAGUCUGCUUGAGGAUUCUCUCUCCCUCUGCCCCUCCACUCCCCUCUAAAAUAAGCAAAUCUUAAAAAACAAAAACUAAAAACCGUCAGUUCUUUAGCCAUAUAGAUACUAGAACUGCCAAAAUGAGACUUAGAACUUGAGAGUUUAAGUGUAGCUUCUAUAGCCAGCAUUAUUUUCUGAUUACUUAUUUUAUUUUUUUACAGAUUUUAUUUAUUUAUUUGACAGAGAGUGAGAGAGGGAACACAAGCAAGGGGAGUGUGAGAGGGAGAAGCAGGCUUCCCAUCGAGCAGGGAGCCCUAUGCAGGGCCGGAUCCCAGGACCCUGGGAUGAUGACCUGAGCCGAAGGCAGACGCUUAAUGACUGAGCCACCCAGGCGCCCCUCUGAUUACUUAUUUUAAAUUUAGAGGGAAAAAUUAAUAGGUAUUUUUGACUGAAUAAUUUGUUAUAGCACUAGGUUUUUUUGUUUAUAUAUGUGAUUUAAUUUAACAAGAAAUUUUUUUCUUUGUUGGGAAUCAUGUUAACUCAGUUCUGUAAUCUACUGUUCUAUUACUCUUUUACCCCAAUCCCAAGUUUUAUUACCACAGUUUUAAAAGGAAAAGCACUCUCAUCUCAUGUUUCAUUUCUCUGGGUAUAGAAACUGAAUUUCAAGGACUAUUGAGUUGCAGCUGAAGACUGGGCCAGUCAGACUUUUUUGUUAAUUGCACCUUAUUUAUUGGCCCUCUGUUUCGGUUUUACUCUGUGGAACCACCCAGAAGACCACUGUGGUGUUCUUGGGUAGCAUGUGAACUGUACAAAUUAAAAAAACUAUUCAAAAUAUAAUUUAAAAAUUAGGUUAAAUUAGUUAGUAUUUUUUUUCCUUGCCACUUGAAAGUUAGAUUAUACAUUAGUUUAGGAUGUUCCCUUUGUGUAAAUUUCUUACACUGUUCAUCUAUCUGGGUAUUAGGUGAUUCAGUGUAAACCUUCUCUUUUCUGAUAUAAGGUUAAUCUCUUGCCAUUGCUUCUAUGCUUGUUCUGAAACUGCUGUUAAACACAUCUUGGAAACUCCUUAUCUGUCCUUUAUAGUAUGUAUUUUUAAAAAUUCUUUAUCUCUGCCACAUCCUAGUUAAAGUCUUCAUUAUCAUCUUCUCGUUCUUUGAUUCCUUUUCAGUUUUUCUAGUUUAUACUUUAUCCCUUCUAUUGAAUUUUCACCUUUACUGUUUUAAAUCUCAAAAAUUUAUUUUCUUGCAUUCUAAAUUGAUUUUCUCAUUUCCACCUAAUUUUGUUUCACUUUUGCUUGUUUCAUGAGGGUUAUUCUUUUAUAAAAGAAAUUUAAUAAAUUUUCUUAGGUUUAUCUUUUAGGAACUAUUAAACAUACUAUUUUCAGGCAUUUUCCAGACUUUUCUGAUUCUAUUUUGUUUGGAGGGAUACCAUAUUUUAGUUGCUGUAUUUGUAGAUUGUCUUUCUUAUUAGUUUACUUCACAUGUCAUGGUACAACCUGACUGUCAGGUUCCCCCACCCUCACAUUCUCUUCUUAUCUGGUGGUUUUGCAGGUGUUCUUAAGUGGCUCUCCCUACUGGGGCCCCCCCAUACAAAACUAGAUCUUAGAUCAGCAGGUUGGGGCACCUGCCUCCCCGCCCCCCCCAUGAUAUCUUUGUUCUGUGGGCUAGGCAACUAGAUGAGGGUGCUCAGGCCUUAGUUGUUAGGUUGUGUAUUCUCACUUUUCUGGGUACUCAGAAGCCAUGCUUCCCAUACAGACUGCUUACUUAACCCCUGGGCAUCUGUUAGCAGCAGUUCUUUUUCAGCCUGAUUUUUGACUCCAGUCUCUCAUCCUGGGUAGGCUGUUUUUAUUCCUGUUCUCAAAGGAUCUGCAAUCUAGGCCUCUGCCGGUAUCCUUCUAAAAGCACUCCAGCAGGCUCACAGCUUCAGCCCCUCUUUACUGUUGUAUGUUUCUGUUUUGUGGAGAUGUUUGUUGUUCUUGUUUUUUUUUUAAGUGUGGCCAUGCCUUUUGUUUUUUAAUUAAAAAACUUUUUUUUAGCCAUACCUUUUAAAUUUCUCUUUAUGUAUAAUUGCUACGUAUCUGGAACAAGGUAGGUUUUCAAAAUAAUUGAUGAUGUCAUCUUGGGAAGUCCUGAGUUUUAUCUGUAUUUAUGAGUAAAUUAAUUAAAAAAAUAGAAUGGUUCUAGCUUAUUACAUUCCCAGUCAUACUUUAACAUUCCUUUGUUUUUUUUAACCAACUUUUAUAUUCUGUAAGACAUGUAAAUUUUUGUCUUUGUGCAGUUUUGCCAAAUUUUUUUUACUUUGUGGGAUGUGUGUGUAUAUAUCUUUAAGAUUUUAUUUAUUUAUUUGAGAGAGAGAGACAGUGCUUGAGAGAGAGCAAAGCAGGAGCCAGAGGGGAAGGGCCAAGGGAGAGGGAGACAAACAGACUUGCCACUGAGCGGGGAGCCCUACGUGGGGCUGCAUCCUAGGACCCUGGGAUUGUGACCUGAGCCAAAGGCAGAUGUUUGACUGACUGAGCCACCCAGGUGCCCCUGUGGGCUUUGUAUUUUUGAAAUACUUUUUAGUAUGGUGAAAGGUGAAUUUGAUCAGAUGGGUUGAAGAUUGACAGAUGAAGUAGUCUUAAAUCGAAUUAUUUUUACUAUCCCUUUAAUGAUUAGGAAUCAUCCUGUACUUAAAAAAGAAAUGGGGGUGUUGGUACAGAUAGGGUUUUAUUCCUUCCCUUCCUCUUCCUUUGUUUUGUCAUUUACAUCUCUCUCUGUAAAAAAAUGGAAUGUGGAAGAUUCCACUUUAGUAUUCUUAUUUUGGUUCUGUGAAGUCUUAGAAGUUGUUGGAAGACUAGAAAGUUAAUACAAGCUUUUUAAUAAUGAAGCUGAACGGGGCGCCUGGGUGGCUCAGUCGUUAAGCGUCUGCCUUCUGUUCAGGUCAUGAUCCCAGGGUCCUGGGAUCGAGCUCCGCGUCGGGCUCCCUGCUCUGCGGGAAGCCUGCUUCUCCCUCUCCCACUCCCCCUGCUUGUGUUCCCUCUCUCGCUGUGUCUCUCUCUGUCAAAUAAAUAAAUAAAAAUCUUAAAAAAAAAAAAAUGAAGCUGAACUAUGGUAGUAUCUAUUUGCUAAUUACUUUAAGUAAUCGUCUUUCAAUAGCUUCUCAUUUGAGUUCACUAUUACAGGUUUUUUUUUCUUUUUUUUAAAAUGAGAUACUUGUAAUCGUUUUCCUUGUGAAUUGUAUCUCCCCUUUGGACUUAGAGGCACUUUCUGAUGGUCAGUUCCACUAUUCCCAUGACAAUUUCCUUCUAUUGAGGAGUAGACAUGUGUUUUUCAUAUUUCUUUGUGCCUUUUCCUUUCCUUUUGGCGGAAUCUGGUUAUAAGGCAUUAGAAAUUUUGCAAUUGUGAGGAGGAGCUUUUUUUUUUUUUUGAGAUUGCUAAUUAACACUGAAUCCUCUUGACUAGAUUUGAUCAUGUAUUUAGAUAUACUACUUGAGAAUUUUUUUGUAGAAAUAUUGAAAAUAAGUUAUUUCUAAGACAAUAAAUUAAAAUGUAGGCCUAUUUUCAAUUGAUAUUUGUGCUUAUUUAAGUCUGAAGUCUUAAAUUUUUAGAUUCUAAGACAAAGCACUGACCAUAAAACUUUUGCUGCUUUGAAAAAAGGCUUCUGAUUAUUUUAAAAAGAAGUUAGUUUAAAAAACUUUUUUUAGCAUUGAAAUAUAGAAAUAAGAGUCAGUUUUUUUAAUCCCCAUUACUUGUCUUGUUACUGUAUUGGAAAUUGAGGAAUCUUGAACUGUCCAUUUUCCUGAGUGGGUUUGUAACACAAGUUUAAUACAUUGGUGUAUUCACGUCCCAAAUAUGUCUAAUGUAAUUAAGAACAGUCCUGCAUUUCUAGAAUAAGUCCUAUGAAGUCAUAGAUGAUAAAACCUUUUUAUUAGUGUUAACUUUUUCUUUUUAAAUGUGUUUAGGUGAGAUUAACUUCUAAUUUUUGUUUCUGUUCUGGUCAGUUUUAUUUUUGCUUUUGAUUUCUGUUUUCUUACUCUUUUUUAUUUUCCCUUAGAUUAAGCAGAUGUAAGUCCCUUCCCUCCCUCCCUUCCUUCCCUUUUUUUUUUUUUAAGAUUUUAUUUAUUUAUUUGACAGAGAGAGCACAAGCAGGGGGAAUGGCAGGCAAAGGGAGAGGGAGAAACAGGGAGCCCAAUGUGGGGCUUGAUCCCAAGACCCUGGGAUCAUGAUGUGAGUAGAAGGCAGACACUUAACCGACUGAGCCACUCAGGUGCGCAAGUGCGCAUGUGUGUGUGUGUCUGUCUGCCUCCCUCCCUCCCUCCCUUCUUCCCUUCCCCAUACCCAACAUGGGGCUCAAACUCACAGCCCUGAGAUCCAGAGUUGCACGCUGUACCGACUGAGCCAGCUAGGCAUCCCUAUUUCAUUUAUUUUUGAAGCAGAAAUAACUAACAUAGAUACUAAGUUUUCUCCAGCUAUGCCAGCAGUUUGCAAAUUUUGGUACACUUGCUUUAAAAAGUAUUUUAUUAUGCUCUGUCAUUUGGGAAGCAAGUGUGCCUGGCUACUAAUGUCAGAGGUGGAGUCUCUUUACUGAAAGGAGGAUGCAGAGGGGACUGGUCCUAUAAAGGCAAGAGCCUACAACUUUUCCAUAGCCCUGUAGCGCAUUAUUGUUUUUUGCCUUCUUUCAUGAAUUGUAUUAGUGAGUAUUAAACCUUUAAAAAAUAUUACCAUAAUUAUUUUUCUGCUUUUUUAGCAUUUGGAUAUUAACUAUUUCAGCUUACCUAUUUUAACUACUUUUUCUAUUUCUUGCCAUUAUUAACAAAUAAAAUGAAUAUAAUCUUAGGAUAAAAAUUAAUACUUUGGGUGUAUUCUUCUCUCCUUUAUCUUCUCUUUGACAGUCUCUUGUGGUUUGAAAUAAUUAGACUUAAAUUUUGAUGCUGUAGUCCAUUUAAAUUAAACUUAAGUUUGAUUAGUGUUUCAACCGUGGAUCCUUGUUAGUGCCACUACAGUUUUUAAACAUUAGAUAAGUAGUGACUAGAGAUAGGAUUUUGUUUGAGGUAGUUGAUGGGAAAUGACUGUUUUUUCACUGAACUAAGCUGUGAUUUUCAAGGUAGCAGCGGAAACAUCCCAGGAUAGGAAAGUCUCUCAUAUUUUCAUUGACAGGGUCAAAUUGCAUUGUUUUCACAUGUCCAAAACAGUGCAGUAUAUCACAAUUUUCUCUGAAAUUAAAAUAAGUGAACUUUUAAAAGCAUGGAAUUGCAAAGGAGUACUUACUAUAUAUAUAAAUAUACAGUGUAUGUAAGUUUUGUUGAAUUGAUUUAACACAGAGUAUCAGACUGUUUGACAUGUUGCCCAAAUGAUCUUGUUUUGGAU